AUGCCGUUCCAAACCAAAGAAGCCUUCUAUCCAAUCGUUCAGUCUGUAAUAAUAAACCUUUUGAACAUUGCUGCAUUUGAUGGGCGCUUCUGCCUGGCGGGUUUUCUCAUCGAACCUUUCAACCUUCAAUCUAGGUCUAAUUCUUCACUGUCCCUCGGCAACUUCUCCUGCAUCUUGAAACUUGUUCGACCUGCUCAAGUCGUUUUCCAAUAA